AUGAAUCCCGAAGAUUUCCAGAAAAAAGUUUCCAUCAGAGAUCCCCUCGCCGAAGAAAUCGAAUCCGAAUGCGGCGUUUCCGGCGGCGAGUCUACUAGUUCUACGGUCGGGUCCGGCGUCGCCUCCCAAACCCUGGUUCUGCUUCGGAGUCUGCUGGAGAUUCAGCAGCGUCGAGCCCAGGCAUACGCCAAGCUCAAAAGAGGAUUCUCAGAGUAUGUGGAGUCUGGUGCUGAAGCACUUUAUCAGAAGCUAUGCAGCGAGAUCACUGCAGAGUUCAACGAAUGUUCUAAACAGGUGCGCGAAAUGGAAUCUCUGUUUCUGACUCCAGAAGUCGGAAGAGCUGAUCUCGCUCAACUGCUCGGCAACAUUCAAACUCAAGAGAAGCAGAAACUGCAUCUGACCGUCACAAUACAGGUGCUGAAGAAAGCAGGGAGACCAUCAGAACGAAUGCUGACACAUGAGAACUGCAAGUUCAAGAAGCCGAUGCAGCACGAGUGCGUGCAUCUUCACGAGAUUACGGAAGCUGCAGGAACAGAGGAAGCAGAAGCGGAUGCAGAGUUUGAUAACGCUAUGAAGGAGGCCAUUAGAGGAGUGCAAGACUCUGUGACUAGCAUCAAUGAGUAUUUGGAAGACAUUAGGUACGAGAUUGAAGCCCUUGAAGCCGAAUAA